GUGGAAUAGACCGGUCAAGGUGUAAUGCUGAAUAAGGGGUUGUGCUUAUUUUUCUCUUGUCAGGGAGCUUGAAGAGGAAAUUCUGUUAAAAUGUCGCAGGGCGGCAGCACAUCGGGUGGUCCCAGGAAGGGUCUGACACUCGAUGACCUCAUCGUGGUCAUUGACCGGCAUGAAAGGAACCCGAGCAAUAUCCCAAAGGUCGAUAUCUUCCAUUUUUGUGGCGAGAGAGUCUCAGAAUGGCUGGAGCGGGUGGAACAGGCUUUGGUCGGGCGGUCGGACGUUGUAAAUUUUCAGCGCAUUCUUCAGUAUGUCCUCCACAGCUACCACCAAGAAGUGAAGAAAGUAAUAGAUGCGGCCCAAGGUAGCUGGGAAAGAUUCAAGGAAGGAAUGCAGAGGAAGUACCGCCUGAGAGAUGGACCGUUGACCACUACGGACCUUGAGGCAAUGAACAAAGAGGACUUUACGACGAUAGGGGCCUUUGUUCAAGAAUUCAAGAAGAGGGCACGAAAGGUCCAUGGGAUUUCGGAGGAGGCGCAGUGCGCCAUCUUCCUGGGACUACUUACGGCAUCGGAGGCCGUCGAGCUGACGAGACAUGGAGGGGGUAGCACCAAGCUCACCCGGGCCACCAUUGACAAGGGGGUGGAAGUUGGAUGUCUGGACCAGGUGGAGCAACGUCAGGUACGCCUGCAAAGGCAGAAGAGAAAGGAAAGAGAUGCGACCGCUUUUGGAACCCCGGGAGUAAAAAGGAUUGUUGCGGACGUACUGGCGCAGCUGGGAUAUGCGACAGAGUCGGUGGUACAGAAAAGGGUAGUGACGGGUGUCCAGGUGAAAGGAAAGAAGCCGGUAAUAGAGGAGGUCCUUCAGAAGGAGCUCUGGAAAAAGGAAGAACCGGUGCCGCAGCACCUGACGAAGGCCCAGCGCAAACUGCGUAAUUUGGCGCAGGGUGGGCAGAGGUCGGCCAUCUGCCAGCAUUGUGACCAGCAAGGCCACACUAUAAGGUUCUGUAACAUAAGGUGGGAGGACGAGAAAAACGGGCUGAUUUCCUCCACUAUGGAUGGGAACAUUUAUGAUCAGUUUGGGGAAUUCAUCGACAGAAGGCUCGGGGGAGUGAGAGCGGAAGCCCAACGAAGGGCGGCAGCCGGGCCGCUAGCUCCUGCUACAUUCAGGCUGUGGAAGGAGAAGAAAGGACCGUCGGUGGGGAUAGAGGAAUUCAAGCUAUGGCAGGAAAAGGAAGAGUCACCGAUUGGGGUAGAGGAAGUGGGAAGCGAUGAGGAAGUGACUCAAGGGCCACGAGGAGGAAGUAAGAGGGAAGAACCCAUAAUUAUCGAGUCAGACAACGAGGGUGAGGAAGAAAAGAUGAAGCCUCCGUCCGUUUUGCUGGGAAAAAUGGAGUACUAUAUGGACAAGGUGGGAAGGGGACGGCUCAAGCAGGGUUCCCAAAUGCGGUACAAGACGGUAGACAAGAAGUGUGGCCCGGUUCCCAUCCUCGUUACAGAAGACGAGAAAGCAUACUACAAGAGGGAACGAAGGUUGAUACGGCGAAUGAGGGAGAGUGCUCUAACAGGGCCAUGUCGUAUCAACGAAGAGAAUGAGGGGAAGUUGAUUAUAGGGGAACCCGACUUCCUGCUGCCUCAGGAACGAACGUUGAUGGUGGAGCUGAUGAAGAGGAAGCAUCGCGCCUAUGCAUUUAGUGACGAGGAGCGUGGCAGGCUGGAUGUAGACAAGAUACCUAUGAUCCGCAUCCAUACCAUGCUACAUGAACCUUGGAGCAUGAGACGGGCGCAAUAUCCUAAUCCUGACGAGGAAAAGAAGGUGGCAGAUUACCUCGACGGCAAGAUAUGUACACACGUCGCCGACUAUUCAAGUGGACCGUAUGUGUCCCCGUGGUUCUGCUUCAUCAAGCCUAACGGGACGCUGCGGUGGGUGCAAGAUUUGCAGAGACUAAAUGCGGUGACCGUGCGGGAUGCUGGAGGACUCCCAAAUGCGGACGCUUUGUCAGAAUCCUGGAAUGUGGACGAAGUGCCUGAGAGCCAAGACGACGAGUUCGAGGAAGGGGAGAUUAAGGAGGCUUUUCGUGCAGAGGAGUAUGACGGGAUCUACCUAGAGUUGGAACUCCUUUUGUCUUGCGAAAUGCGGCUAAGGGACGUGAGCGAUAGGGCUCAGAGGAUGCUGCAACGUUACUUAGUGCGAGACGGCCACCUUUUCGUAAGAAGAGAAGUGGGGAAUCCCAGGAGAUUCGUUUGCGGUAGAAACUGUCAGAUUGACGUCAUAGCAGCACUUCAUGACGGCAUUGCAAGAGGGCAUCGAGGGGUACAAGCCACGUAUGCCAAAAUAAGUGAGCUGUGCUACUGGGAUGGAAUGAUGGACAUGAUCGGAAAGUUCUGCCGAUCUUACGUACCCUGCCAGGAGAGAUCCCGUUUGAGGCAAGGAGAGUCGUUACAUCCAAGACUUGAGCGAGAGGUAGGAGCUGUAGUGCAUCUCGAUCUACUUUUCAUGCCGCUUGGGGAUCAGGGCUAUAACUAUAUCUUCGAUGCGCGCGAUAACUUGUCUGGCUUCGUAGACGGGCGUGCUAUUCGCACAAAGGCCGGACCAGUCUUGGUGAGCUGCAUCGAGGAGUACUAUCUGCGCUAUCCUUUCGUCAGGGAAUUCAUAAUAGACAAGGGAUCGGAGUUUACCUGCCAGGAGGUGCAGAAAUUGUUAUCAAGGUAUGACUUUACGAAGACAGCCAUGCCAAGAGGAGGGAGGGGGACACGGCCGCCUCGGAGGCCGUUGGGGGCAUCAGGAGGAUAUGAGCGGCAUGGACCUCGCCAUCGAGAGAGCACUCCGGAGUACGGUGGUGACGACAUCGAGUUAUUCCUGGACAGUUUCUGGGAGCAUGCGCGGCGUAUGGGUUGGACCGUGACCCAAGGGAUUGAUAGGUUGAGCGGAGUCGACAGAUUCGAGGGGCCUGUCGCGCGGAUCCGUAGGGAGGCGACGACGAGGUCAGAGAUGGAGAUGAGGAUGCAGGAGCUGCGACCCUCGCCUGUGGGACCUGAUGGCAGGCCGAUCCGCCUGGAGGUCGGGAAUGCAUUGGACUUCAUCCCCGCCUUUGAGUGGUUCAUGCACCUAGCAGCUCAUGCCCUGGAGCACCCAGACCUGGAGGAGCCAGCACCUACAGAGCCGCGCCAGGAGCCGUGCCAGUCCGAGAAGGAGGUGGAGGCAGAGAUCCCGAAGAGGGUCGACCUCCGCACGAGGGAAAGAGCGCCAGCUGGAGAGACAACUGAGGAAAAGAGGGCGAGAAGAACCAGGAGGAUAGAAGAGGUAUGGCAAGAGAGGCAGAGGUUGGAGGCGGCGGGGGCACUUCUGGAGCAACAACAGGAAAGGCAGAGAUCGGAGGCAGCAGGAGCGCUCCCAGGUCAGCCACCCAGCGAGCCAGCUAAGGCCCCGGAAAUUCUAGAGAUGUGGAGGGACUUCUGGGAGCAGAGAGGAGAGGAGCUUCCUUCGCCAACCAGAGCCGGGUUUGGGGUAGCCAGAAAGGCGGAAGAAAGGUUGGAUCGCAAAAUCAAGUUUCUGGCCAAAACAACUUUUGACCGGCACUUGCUAUUGGAGAGCGAUCUGGCAGGGAAGAAGACAAAGGAAGCAGGCCAUGGAGUACGCCUGGAGGCUAUGGAGGUGGAAAUCCAGGAACUCAGGGCUUUGGUGGCCAGUCAGGCGGCUAUCAUCGAAAGCCUGAGGCAGCAAUCUCAGGGAAAGGUGGAUAAGCCAGAGAGCAGCCGGCAGGGAGAGCAGUGGCAGCCAGGACAUAGGUUGCCAGGACAAACAUCUGCAACAGAGCCUCGCCAGGAGCCACCUAUGGGGAGGGUUAUCCUGGAACCAGAGGAGGCGACGGCCCGGAGGGAAGCAGAGAGAGAGGCUUUCGAGUUCAGAGCUCCUACUGAGCUUGCGAUGCUACCUGUAGCAGCGGCGGACCCAGUCGUAUCUUUGACAGUGGAGGAGGGGCUACCACCAUCUAGAAGUGAACCGGCUCAAGGCUCAGCGGAGGGAUCCAUGGGCGUGCUCCUUGAGACAGUGCAUACUAUGCAGGAGGAGGCGAGUUUGAUUUCACCUGAGCGGAGGAUAGAGGAGCCUCUUGAGAGAGAGAUGGGGAUUGAGGUGGAGGGUGUCAUCAAGGGCGGGCUCCAGAGGUUGGGCACGCUUGAGUAUGGGCCAGAAGGGAUUGAGGAUCGACCAGGGCCGAGCACCCAGGAGGUGGAGACAAGAGAGGGGCCUUUGGAUAUGCCUCAGAGCCAUGAGCUGAGCAGGGAAGCCAGAGAAGCACCAUCAUCAUCAGGGUCUCCGAGAGGAAAGAAGAGAUCCAGGAAGUGGUUUGAUACGUCCUGCUUCUACAGUACAAAGGAGGGGCAUCAAGCCUUGCAGUGUCCUAAUUUUUUGAAGGACAAGGCUGAAGGGAAGGUUACAGAGGAGGGAGGCAGAAUGUAUGAUAGGAAGGGCAGGAGAGUGGAGAGAUCUUCAGAUGGGGGUAGGGUUCAGCUGUAUAGGCAAAACCAGGAGGAGAUGAGCGAUAAGGACUGAGCUACCUAUAUGGUUGAUAUGUUGUGUAUAGGACUAGAAUUAGGAUUGGAUGACAUCCUGUAGACCUAGGUGUUGUUUGCAUUUGUCGGACAGUUUGGGUUGAGCUUUUGUUGAAUCUGCCAUCUUGAGGACCAAAACGUGGUGGAUAAAGCGUGUACAAACUU